AAACCGGGUCACAUGGUAGAAACCGGAGAAACGACCGAGUUCAUUCAUGAAACCUUCUAUGUGACUUUGUCCUUUGUCUUCCUCCUCCUCCUCCUCCUCCCUAACUUACCUGUCCGGUGAGUCAACACCUCCACCUGGAGGGACGAUGUCCAACCGUCUCCCUCCUUCUGCUCCGCCGGAAACAACCAGGAAACGACGAUGCGGAGGAAUUAAAGAAAACACAAACUUGACCUGAACGUAGCGACGGAUUCCUGCGCUUGUUCGCCUCCUGCCGCGGGUGAACCUGACUACCUGAGCCGAGUGUGAGGAGCAGACGUGGAGAAGAAGAUGUCCUGCUACCUGCGGACAGUCAGAGGCUCCACACCUGACGACAUCCACAUCUCCUCUCUGCCUCCCAGCUGUCCCACGUACGAGGAGGCCGAACAGAAUGGAGGACGAGCGUAUGAUGCGGCGGGAGAGGGAGCGGUGAUCCAGACCACACACACACACAGAGUCCCUGCUCCGUCCGUCUUCCUCCAGAAACAAGACAAUGAUGCUGUUUCCACCGCUUACUUCGACCAGAGGGUCCCCGUCCCCGAGGACGACAGUGAGAGGAGCUUCAGUCUGCGUAAGCUGUGGGCCUUCACCGGGCCGGGGUUUCUGAUGAGCAUAGCGUACCUGGACCCAGGUAACAUCGAGUCGGACCUGCAGUCGGGUGCGAAAGCUGGCUUCAAGCUCCUCUGGGUGCUGCUGGGAGCCACCAUCAUCGGCCUGCUGCUGCAGAGGCUGGCGGCUCGGCUGGGCGUGGUCACCGGGAUGCACCUGGCCGAAGUCUGCAACCGCCAGUACCACACGGUGCCUCGUAUCAUCCUGUGGCUGAUGGUGGAGCUGGCCAUCAUUGGCUCAGACAUGCAGGAGGUCAUCGGGUGCGCCAUCGCGUUCAACCUUCUCUCCAGUGGAAGGAUCCCCUUGUGGGCUGGUGUCCUCAUCACCAUCAUCGACACCUUCAUCUUCCUCUUCUUGGACAAGUAUGGUCUGAGGAAGCUGGAGGCCUUUUUUGGCUUCCUUAUUACCAUCAUGGCCAUCACAUUUGGAUACGAGUAUGUGACAGUGAGUCCGGAUCAGGGCCAGCUGCUGACGGGGAUGUUCGUGCCGUACUGCGAGGGCUGCGGGCCGGCUCAGAUGACUCAGGCCGUCGGCAUCGUGGGAGCCGUCAUCAUGCCUCACAACAUCUACCUCCACUCUGCUCUCGUCAAGUCUCGUGAGGUGGAUCGGUCGAACAAGAAGGACGUCAAGGAGGCCAACAAAUAUUUCUUCAUAGAGUCGACCGUCGCGCUGUUCAUCUCUUUCCUCAUCAAUGUCUUUGUGGUGGCUGUUUUCGCUGAAGCUUUCUACGGUCGCACAAACACGGAGGUGUACAAUGUCUGCAAUGAGUCAGGAAGUCCUCAUUCAAGUCUCUUCCCUAUGGACAAUGAAACUCUAGAGGUGGACAUCUAUAAAGGGGGAGUGGUGCUGGGCUGUUUCUUUGGCCCAGCCGCGCUCUACAUCUGGGCCCUGGGGAUCCUCGCAGCUGGUCAGAGCUCCACCAUGACGGGAACGUACUCAGGCCAGUUUGUCAUGGAGGGUUUCCUGAACCUGCGCUGGUCGCGUUUCGCCCGGGUGUUGUUGACCCGCUCCCUCGCCAUCACCCCCACCCUGCUGGUGGCCAUCUUUCAGGACGUGCAUCAUCUCACGGGCAUGAACGACUUCCUCAACGUGCUGCAGAGCAUGCAGUUGCCAUUCGCCCUCAUUCCCAUCCUCACGUUCACCAGUUUGCCUUCUCUCAUGAAUGAGUUUGCCAACGGAUGGGUGUUUAAAAUCGGAGGAGGAGUGGUGAUCUUGAUCGUGUGCGCCAUUAACAUGUACUUUGUUGUGGUUUACGUGACGGUACUGGACAGCGUCUGGCUCUACGUACUGGCAGCGUUCCUCUCCAUCGCAUACCUGACAUUUGUUGGAUAUUUGGCCUGGUUGUGCCUGAUAGCCCUGGGAGUUUCCUGUCUGGAUCCGACCUCCAGGAGAGGGAACGACACGACCAUCCUGAUCGAGCGGCAGCCGGAGUUUAACUCCUGAACCACGUUGUGCGUUCGCUCAACACAAAGACGCAGCUGUGAGCAACCUGACUGAUCCACCUCAUGUAGUUUUUCUUCAGUGCUGAUUUAUUUAUACAAGAAGAUUGUUAACUGAAAUGUUGCUUACAAAAUGAUAACAUGGAUACUUUUUAUUCGUCAAUUAACUUCAUACAAAUGGCUGUACAUAGAGAAAAGUGAAUUUGGAGGCGACUGCACAGUUUUUCAGGUAGUUUGCAAACAACAAGGAUAAGAACUUGCCACAGUUUCUUCAGUGGAUUUAGUUUCAUGUGAUCCCAGACUGAGUCCAUGGUGUUGAGUUCAGGGCUUAGUGGAGGCCAGACCAUCUGCUGCAGGUCUCUGAAGAUGGUUCUUUAUGACUCUGGGCUCAUUUGGGAACGAUCAGACGCCUCCUGAUGUUUGAUAGAUAAGAAUUGAAACAUCUAAAGUGCCUGAAACAUUUUGCACCGUACUGCACUUACUAAGUCUUCGUGGAACUGACGUUGUUAUUGUCGUUAUCUUCGAACCCCAAUCACUGGUUCUACAAAACUAUUAAGAUGAGAAGAUGAAAACAAGCAACAAAAAAACAAUCUCAGGGUUUCUGCAUUUUUACCAAGAGGUUUUAGGCCUUUUUAUACCUCGUAGAAUGUAAUAUGAUACCUGAUUGUCAAAGUAUAAAAGUUCAGUAUGAUGGAAAAUCAGUAGAGAUGACAUGGCCUCGAAUUAUUUAACGUUAUAUCAUGUUUUUUCACUACUUCAUUGCAAUAACAAAGAUUUCUUUCACUUUUUUUACUCAUUUUUUAAUUGUUGUUUUAUCCUCAGACUUCCGUUUCCUUCCACUUUGUUUGUUUGUUUGGUUAAGAUCUAAUUUCUGCAGCAGCCCUUUAUCAAAUCAUUUUGCAUACAAUUUAUUCUAAUUUCUAAUACAGUUUUAAAUUGUAAAUUAAAUUCAAAUCAUUUUUGGCUGAAUCACAAACAUGCCAAUCAUGAAUUGAUUGGGUUCUGAUGGGGGUGACUGAAACUCCCCAAACAAGAGAAAUAUGCAAGUCGAAUUUAAGACUUUUCAAUAUCUUCUAAUCCUUUUUUGAGGGAAUAGAUUUUUCUCUAGAUAUAUUUGAAGACUUGCAGAUAUCCUGCUGACUCCGUGCAGUUCCUCUUUUGGCCACAGGGAGGCGGUGCAGGCCACAGGAGAGAGAGCUCCAGUAAACGUCUCACCACUGGAGCUGUUGUUGUACAACAUAACACAGCACAUAAAGUGUCCUGGUGCGUUACAUCAUGUUUUAUGUGUUUGUUACGGUCGCACAGAAAACGACAUCAUCAUAUUAACCCCGAUCCAAACAGAAAUUUGUGCAGUGAUAGCACUCUUCUGUAAUAUAAGUGAACGUUCAGAUGUGGCGGGGUGUUUGACAUGCCUGUGGUAUGUCUGAAGAGUUGCAACUAUUGUGCAACUGCGAGCGAGCACUGCACAAUAGUUCUGCUCGAAUUCCAGUGCUGAAGUGCCACGGCUUUUGCAGGCCGAGGAGAGGCGGAUGGACAGGUUUUUCUUUGCAUUGUGGCGGGGGAACUUUUUUUUCUCUCCCUGUCAUGGAGGCAGAGUUAUGUAAGAGGGGAGAGUCUUCCCACCGCCCCUCUCUGUUUUUGUUUUUCUCAAUGAGCCAAUGUCUCCCUGCCUAGGCCUCACAGCCUGUCCGGUAGGCCCCUUUCCUGGAAACAUAGCCUAGCAGAGGCCACUCAGGGGCAGGCCUGUGAGGUGGGAGGAGGAGGAGGAGGUGGAGGAGAGGGGGGCUCUUCCAGCAAAUCACAUGAUGGUAGACCCUACACUACAGUCCCAGCCCUACAUGAGGCUCAGAUGCUGUGAGCACAUUUCGCCAGCUAGUUUGUCAUCAGCAGGAUUGGAUGUGGCUAAUGCAUGGCAGCGUGCAUGAGGCUGUGAGUAGAAGCUGUGGAUUCCCAGGUGUGAAAUGUAGAAAUAGAACCACAAUGUCUGAUAGAUGGACUAUAUGUGUGUGUGCAAGUAGUCAAUGUGAUUUUUAUUUCUAUUUUUGCAAUUAAUGUCAACAACACUGAUUUUUACCGUGCAGUAUAAAUUGAUGAACCGUUUUUCUUCUUUUGUUGGACUUUUUUUUAAAUUUGGCAGUUAAUCCAGCGGAGUUAGUUUUCUAAAUGGAGGACGAUCGUUUGGCCUCAGGGCCCUCGAUAUUAUUUCCAACUGAUUAAUGAUAAUGUGAUCCAACUUAUUUUUAACAAACAGUGAUGUAUUUGUACUGUACACUUGCUAUCAUGCCCCAGCUGAUGACAGAUUAACAGAGUACGUCAUUGAUUUUUUUUUUUUUUGCUAAAGAUUUAUCUUUGAACCACCUUUGCUGUUUCAUUACUGUGGCACAACCAGAGUCUGGCUGAUUUAACGAGAUGCCGUUUCAAUAAUCAUUAAAUGUGUUGUUGUGGUUGUAAACAAACAAUGCCGCUGAACAAACACAAUAAAGCAGAACAGAGAAUUAAA